UUUCUAAACCAUCCCUGUCUUCCUCCUCUCUCUUUCCCUCAGUCGCAGCGUCGGUCGUCUUGGCAGGUUGAAGAUAUUCGCUGGAUCUAACUAUUUUUAUUGCGGAUCUGAUAGUUCAGUAACUGCAGAAGCACGCCUAGGAUGAUGAGGUUGAUAACUGGGUCAAAAUGAAGGUGAGGAAAGAUGGUGUGUUGAUGUUGUGUGCGAUGAUCAUAUUUGUGGGAAGGGGCUACUCUGCUUCUGAGAAAUGUGUGGCAAGAAAACAGGCAGCUUUAUUUGUAUUUGGAGCUUCAUUAUUUGAUGUUGGAAGCAAUAACUACAUCAAUACCGUUCGUAAUGCCAGAGCUAAUUUCUGGCCCUAUGGGGAAUCCUUCUUUAAGUACCCUAGUGGCAGAUUUUCAAAUGGCCGUGUCAUUCCAGAUUUCAUUGCUGAGUAUGCAGACUUGCCAUUCACUCUUCCAUAUGCAUAUCCAAAUUACCAACAAUACACUCAUGGGGUGAAUUUUGCAUCAGGAGGAGCUGGUGCUCUCGUUGAACUUCACAAAGGAUACGUGACAGAUCUGAAGACCCAACUCGAAAACUUCAAAAACGUCAACAGAUUACUGAGGAAGAGACAUGGGGAUUCUGAAACAAAAAAUUUAGUUUCCAAUGCCAUAUAUUUAUUUAACAUAGGGUUCAAUGAUUACUCGGCCCGGGUCCUACAAAACUCAAGCCUCCUUUUGUCCUACACUCCUGAGAAGUAUGUUUCCAUGGUGGUUGGCAAUUUGACUCGUGUGGUCAAAGAGAUACACAAGAUUGGAGGAAGGAAGUUUGGGUUUCUGGGUAUGCCUCCAUUGGGAUGUGUUCCAUCUUUCAGGGUCCAUGCAAAUGGAAGUGAAGGUUCAUGCUUGGAGGAAGCAUCUACACUUGCAAAGCUGCACAAUACUGAACUUUCUGAAAAACUCCACAAGUUAGAGCGUUACCUUGAGGGAUUCAAGUAUUCAGUCACCCAUUACUAUGAUAUCUUCAUGGAGCUAAUGAACUUCCCUUCAAAAUAUGGUUUCAAAGAAGGGAAGGUGGCAUGCUGCGGAAGUGGGCCCUACAGGGGAUAUUACACUUGUGGAGGAAGAUUGGGAAAGAAGUAUGAGGUGUGUGAGAAUUCCAAUGAUCAUGUGUUCUUUGACUCCUCUCAUCCUACAGAAAGGGCCAAUCAGAUUUUUGCUCACCAAAUGUGGUUUGGAACUUCCAAUAGUACGGUCCCUUAUAAUCUAAAGACCUUAUUUCAACUCUGAACUCUGGGCAUUUGAACAGGAACUAGCAACACAGAUUACAGACUAUAUAGUAAAUCAAUAAAAAUAAGAUAUAUUCUGAUCUGUAAGUGCGCGCAAUGGGAAAUGUACCUUUCAAGUUCAUCAGUUCAGUUUCUUUUUUUCUUUGUUGUCGUCAGUAUCAAUAACUUGUUGGUCGUCAUAAGAAGUAGGAACAUUGCAAGGACCAAUUUGAGUGUAUUUUUAUGUAUUCUUUUUCAGUAAUCCAUCACAAAAAACUUGAAUAACCGAGUUUCAGUUAUUUGUAAACGUUAACCUUGAA